GGCAAGGCAGAGCAGACCAGGCAACAGCUCCACAGCAAACAUCCACGCGUCAAGGACAUGCAAGUGACGACCGUCAAACCAGACAGCCGCCCGCGCAGUCAGUCACAGCCGCAGCAGCCCUCGGCCGCCCCGCUGGCCCGGCCUUGCGUCGCCCGCCCUGCCGCGCGGCGAUCACUGUGCACAGGAUCUGCACGCAAGCAACGAGAGCUAGCGAGCUUUUCGCCGGUUUGCCGCGCGGUCGACAGAGGGCCCGAAUCGUUAUCUGAGCGCGACGCUGCGAGCAAGCGCGGCGACAGCAGCAACAGCAGCGCGGAGGGCUUUUCUUCAGAGGACCUGCCGUUUCCGCUGCCGGCGAGCGAGGAGGAGGCAGAGGCGCAGUUGCGUCGGGAGCUGAGGAAGAGCGCGAAGAUGGACCCGCAGGGCCGCAAGACGGUGGAGGUGACGGAGGUGGACAUAAUCGAGGGGGAGGAGGGCGAGCCCGGCUCUUCCACAAUGGGCACACUGGCCGGCACAGCCGCCGGCGCCGUCAUGGCGGGCGGCCUGGCGGCGGCGGCGGCGAUGGGCGCGCCGGCGGCUCUGGCCGCCGCCACAUUGGGAGCUAUUGUGGGAGCUGUGGCGGGGGGCGCUAUGGGCAAGGAGGUCCCCCGCGGUGUGGACGGCGACAGUGCCAUGGAGUACGACCAGCCGGCGGCCAUUCAGGCGGGCAGGGAGCAGGAAACGCAGGACGCACUGACUGAGACUGUGUCCGGCUCGCUCGACCAGCCGGCCCCGGGCGCCGCGGGUGGCGGCCCCAAGCGGGAGGAGUAUCAUGGCCGGCCCACACCUGGCGAGCACGAGAUCGUGGACGUCAAGGGCGACAGCCAACACCACAAGAAGUAGGCGUGGCGGCGGUAGCAGUGGCGGUAGCGGUGGUGGAAGCAGCAGAGGGUAGCGAGUGAGGGAAUAGGAUGCGCGACGCGUGUGAAGUUAUGGGAAAGGGGUAUGGUUCACUAGAAGCCGGUGGUAAAGGUGUUUUUAGGGAGGGGGCAUGCAUGCUUGUGGCUGUGGUGGGGAGAUGUUGGCGUGAAGGCGUUAUGUGGGCGGGUGGAGGGGGAGACGCCGUGACUGCGCGUGUGUGUGAUGCCGCUUAAUUUAGCAGUUGUGGACUCGCCUGUGCCCUUUGGGCAUUACGAA